AAGCCUCAGCCGCUAUUCCCAUUAAAGAAGCAUGUUUUUGUCUCUAUGACAGCUUGGGAUUUUUGUUCACUCCGGCACUACUAUAUACUACUUCCAUAGUGUACUCUACCCAAGUGAGAGAGAGAGAUUGAGAAUGGAGAAAGCUCUGACAAAAGUGGGUAGCUUAAAGGUUGGGAGCUUAUGGAUUUCAAAGAAAGCAAAGGAGGAGUUCUCUAACAUUAGUGAAGACAUCUCUACAUUCUCAAACACAGUUGAAGAAAAGGCAAAGUGGAUUUUCAACAAACUGAAAGGAAAGCCACUGAAAAGUUUACCAGAUCUCCUUCAAGAGUACAACUUACCGCGAGGCCUAUUUCCCCAGAAUAUAACCUGCUAUGAAUUUGAUGAAGCGAAGGCCAAGCUGAUUGUGUACUUACCUUCUGUAUGUGAGGUCAGUUUUAAGGACUCCUCUGUAAUAAGGUAUGCUACUCGGGUUAAAGCAACUUUGCUGAGGGGAAAGCUCACGGGUGUAGAGGGAAUGAAGACAAAGGUUCUUGUGUGGGUGAAACUUACCAACGUGGCUGUGGAGGGCUACAAGUCUGAUAAGGUUUGGUUUACUGCUGGUGUGAAGAAGUCUAGGCCUAAGGAUGCUUAUGAAAUGCCCCGUGCUGCUGUCAGAGUACAAGAAUUCUGAAUUUAGACUCAACAUUAUUGUCAUCGGGGUAGAUGACCAGGUAGUCAUUGGUGGUGUUCUUAUAGAAUAGAUAUUAGCAACCUCUUGUCUCUUUUGACAACAUUGGAUGCACUGCUUUUAUGGUUUUCACUUUUCAGCUCUAGGGGUAGUUUAUAUGUUAUGCAGAUUUUGAUGAUUGUCAAUGCAAUAUGAAAGUUCAUGAUAACUCAGAAAUUUUGGGUUAAUUCCCAGCAAUUGUUCACCAUUCUAUGAA